UCUAAGAAAAAUAAAAUAAAAUCUUUGUCUCUCCACAAUCCCGAUACUAAGAAUUAAAAAAAAAAAAUUAAUGAGCUUGUAGCUACCAAGUAGCUGUUUCCUCAAGUCCCACUGGUUCUUUUUCUGAAAAUGUGGAAGGAUGGACCAGAAAGACCUGAAACUCCAUUCCCACGGAGUCAGUCUAUUCACUGUGAAAUAAUUGGAUCAGCGUAUUUCCAUAGCUCACCCUUUUUUACAAUUUUUCAACACCAAAAUGUAUGUUUAUUAUUUUAUGUUUUUUAACUAAUUCUCUAUGAUUUCCUGGAAAACAGGAAGGAAAUACACCUGGGGAGCCACCCCUUUUAUAAGUUCCCACACCAAAGCCCCACUCCCCAGAGCUCUCAAGCAUGUGGAGUCUGAGAUGGAGUCUGAGAUCUGUAGCCCAGUGUGACAGGAAACAGGUCUGGGGAGCAAGUCAGCACCCCCAGGAGGCUUAAAGAUGUCAUUUCCUGGGCCCCCUCCAGACCUGCAGAACCAUAACUCCUUAGAGUGGGCCCUGAUCCCCCAGGGACCUGCAUGCUCAUUGAAGCUAAAUGGUUCCCAUCCUAGAAAUGUGGGAAUUUCAAAGAAUGAUGUCACCUGUUCCUUACCCCUGGGAGCUGGAUAAGUGGUCUGGGUGGAGCAUUAUUGUUAAGUGAGGUGUCCCAGGAGACUCUCAGGUGAGGCCAGGGAUUAGCUGGGGGCUCCUGGACACAGUUGUGACUGUUGAAAGAAUCCUUUGGUCCAGGGGAGGUAAUAGGAUGCUGUGUUGGGUUUGUGGGGGGCAGGAGAGCAUCCGACGUUCUCAUUGCUGUAGGAAUUUGUGGACGUCUGUGGAAGGGGAGAGCAUGUGAGUCAGGAAAGAGAAAACUGACAGUUCUGUCUUCAGGUAGGAGCUUCUUCUCCCUGACUGUCCUGUGAGAAGGGACAGAAAGGGGCGACCUUCUCAGCAUUUCAAGGUCCUUCUGGCUGUUUGGAGGAAGCAGAUGAGGGGCCUGAGCUGACGCCCUUGUGGGCACAUUCUCAAGAUGCAGAUGUGAUUCCCCAGAACUUCACCUGAGGAAACAACGCAGAGCAGAAAUGGCUGCUUCUCAGGGACAGUUGACAUUCAGGGAUGUGGCCAUAGAUUUCGCUCAGGAGGAGUGGGAGUGCCUGUACCCGGCUGAGCAGGAACUGUACAUGGACGUGAUGCUGGAGAACGACAGGAACCUGCGCUCCCUGGAUCUUGCUGUCUCUAAGCCAGACCUGGUUACCUGUUUGGAGAGAAUGAAGGAGGCCUGGGAUGUGAAGCAAAAAAAGACAGUAUCCAUCCUCCCAGCUAUGUCUUCUGAGGACACCUUGGACUUGUUGCCAAACCCAGGAAUAGAAUAUAUUCAUUCUACAAAAUGGUACUGGUAAAAUAUGGAAGGUGAGGCCUUAACAAUCUGCACUUAAGAAAGACUGGGAAUGUAAGAGGGAAUGUGAAGGGCCAAAGGGAUAUUAUGAUGGACAUAAGCAAACUGGGACAGUUACUCAUAGUAAAUUCCCUGUUGCCAAAGAGAUCAAAGAUAUAAGACAUGUUGAGAAACCCUGCACUUUAAGGCAGUUACAUUAGCAAAACACUUGUUUGUGAAUGUAAAGCUAGAAAACAGUUUACUAAAGAUAUAUAUUCUUUGAAAGGAAAUGUGGAAUAUUUGGGAAGUUACCUAAUACAUGGUGUGACAAUAAUUUGAAUCAUUUAAAAAGUAGGAUUAGAUUAAACUUUCAGUCAAACAUUUAAAAAUCAGAGAUUUAAAAAUGAAGAUAAAAAUUCUAAAUAUGAUCAAUUCUACAGUCUCUUAACCAGGCUUUCAUUAUUCUUUCACCAAAAAAGAAUCCUUCCUUGUUCCAAAUUCUUUCAUUUUCAUAAAUGUGGGAUGGUAUUUAUACAAGCAUCAUGGUUCCAUAGGUAUCAGGGAGUAAUUGGGAACAACUUUACCUGUUUAAAUGAAAUUAGAGUCCUCAUUAAAGGCCUUUCUGUCCUUAUUGAUUACUGGAAUAUAUGUCUUGAUGAGAGAAGUUAUCAAUUCAGUGAAUCUUGGAAAAACUUUAAGCAAGGGUCACAUCAUUAUAAACAUUCGAGAUUUCAGUUUCUAGAGAACCAGUGUACACAUGAGAAAGUCUUCAUGAAAGCUCAAAUCUCACACAUCAGAAUAUUUAUAUUGUAGAGAAGUCAAACAUCGUGAAUAUAAGAAGUCUUUGAACCAAUCUUUAUAUCUUACUGACAUGGGAAUAUUCAUGUUGGGGAGGAACCUUACAAAUGCAUUUCGUGUGGGAGAGUCUUUAGUCAAUUACCCAGUCUAAAUGGACCUAGGAAAACCCAUACUGGAGUGAAGGCUUACAUGUUUAGAGAACGUGACAAAACCUUUACUCGGUGUUCAAAUCUUAGUGGACAUGAGAUAAUUCAUAGUGGAGACAAGACUUAUAAAUGUAGAGAAUGUGAUAAAGCCCUUAAUUGGCAUUCAUCUUUUAUUAAACAUGAGAGAAUUCAUACUGGACAGAAGCCUUACAAAUGUGAACACUGUGGCAAAGCAUUUAUUCAGCAUUCAGCUCUCACUAAACAUAGGCGAAUUCAUGCUGGAGAGAAGCCUUUCAAAUGCCGAGAAUGUAGUAAAACCUUUAUUCAAUGUUCAUAUCUUACUGGACAUGAGUUAACCCAUACUGGACCAGAAGCCUUACAAAUGUACAGAUUGUGGUAAAGCCUUUUCUCAGCGUUCAUAUCUUACUAGGUAUGAGAGAAUGCAUACCGGAGAGAAGUCUAAUAUGUGAAAAAUGUGGUAAAGCCAUUACUCAUCAUUUACAGUUUAUUCAACACAUGAAAAUUCAUAAUGGAGUGAAACCUUAAAACUGAAGAAUCCAAGAAACCCUGUAGCUGGACCUGCAGCCUCACUCAAUAUCAGAGAAUGCUUAGUGUGGAUAAAUUACAUUCAAAAUCAACGAUGAAAGCACUUUGUUUAAAAUAUAAACUUCAGAAAACCCACAGAAUUCAUGCUCCAAAGUGACUUUAAAUGCAGGGACACAUUAGGGACUCCCCCGCAUGAAUCCCCAAAACCAAGAUUGUAAGGUUGCUUCCUUGAGCAAAAGCUCAGCGGUCAACUAAGGUUUAACUGAGUGAGGCUGGAUGCCUGCCACACUGAAAAUGGUGCCUCUGCCAAAGUCCUUGAAACUGUUUUGCUCCUCUUGAGCUAAAAAACAACUCUUAGACUAAGCAGCUCUCCUUUAGCCUUGGGGGUGGGCUUGUUAUUUCCUACCACCUGUUCUCUGUUGUCUGUAGUAAAAGACAGAAGUCAGCGAGGAUGCGGGGUCAGACCGCUGUCUGUCCUCCUCCCCAUUCUUUGCGUUGCAUUUCUGUCUCGUCCUUGGCGUUUCCGGUCGGAAGCGUGACAUUUAAACAUGUAAAACAAUGUGAGGAAAUGUUGAGUCGAAAAUGAAAUCUAAAAUAUCAGAGAAUUGACAUUACAAAGUAGUCAGUGAAGAACAGUUUUCAGAUAUUACUUUAAAUCAGAGUACAUAUAGUGAAUAAACAGUGAGCCUCAGUCUUCAAACCCAUGGAAAACAGAGCUCUAAGGUCAUUAUGUCAGAACAACCAGAAUGCUUCCUAAAUGCUUGUUAUGUGUAUUUUGUGUAUAGGUCCUAUAGGUGGUUGGCCAUGCUUUAUUUAGACUCUGUGUGAACUUAUAUUUACAUUAGUAAUAAAGCAAGUGAUUUUUAAUGUA